AUGUUCUUCCAGCCAUUAUGCGGCCUCUACUUUCCUCCGCAUCCGCAUGGAGAUGGCGGAGGAGGUGGUGGAGGACAGCAUGGAGCUGGUGGUGGAGGUGGAGGGGGUGGAGGAGGACAGCACGGAGCUGGAGGAGGAGGUGGCGGAGGACAACAUGGAGUUGGUGGCGGACAGCAUGGAGUUGGUGGAGGAGCACAACAUCCACCACCGCCGCCGGUACUUGGGAAGAGGAAGGCUUGCGAAGCGGCCACAAAGAUGGCCACGAGGAUGAGUGUCCUCAUAUUGAGAUCAACUGAAAAUAACAGGGUUUAG